AUGAGCAUCAUCUCUGAGUAUCUGUUUGCACUAGACCAAUGGAAGCUGCUCGAGCAAUGGAAAGUGCACACUCUUGCUUCCCUUUCUCUGUCGCCAGAGCAGGAGCAAUCUAUAUUGGACAGCAUUGGCUAUCGAUCCGUUUAUGAUGCUCACAUAAAUCUGUACAGCAAAACAGCAUACCACAUUCUAUCGUGCAGCAGUAUGCACCUGAAGCACGAGAUAAUGGAGUACUCCCGCCUGGAGAGCAAAAUGUUCUCAAUAAUCAGCAAAACACGAGCUAAGAUCAUAGAAAAGAUCAGGCACGACGUAUGCUACGUUAGACACUUUCUACUAAAUACCACAGGCAGACCAAAGAUCAUAAACAGCCUGAUAAGCAGCUAUUAUCUGCACAUAAUCGAGCUGAUAGUUGUUGAAGAGCUCUCUCCAAUGCACAUAACGUCCAUCCAGCCCAAGCUGUACAUAUAUCUUAAAAAGGCUCCUUUUGUCAACAUAAACAUCCGCCACAUUCUGAGCAGCACGAAAGAGGUGGUGGUGGUAACGUGCGCCAGAAGGAGACUCAGCAGCAGACAGGAAGCGCUGCUCAAGAACAUUUUCAGCAGGGAUGUAACCAAGAUCACGAGAGAAAAAAUGUGA